AAGACUGUAUUUCGUAUAUAUUAUAGUUAUUUUAAAUAUAUAAUAAUACUGUUUAGCUUAACUAAUAUAUUUACUUCUUUUCAAAAUUAUAUAUACUCUGUAUUAUAUAAUAUUCUCGAUAUUGUUUAUAUUGUGUAUUUAGAUAAUAUUCUUAUCUUCUUGAUAAUAAGAUAUAAAUAUAUUAAAUAUAUUAAAAAAGUACUAGUAUAA